AUGACCUUCGACACCAUCCCCUUCAAAGCAGCCACCGAGCUCCGCCGCUCCAUCUACCCCCUCUCCAAUACAUCCACCAUCUCCGACGCCCGCAUCAAAGAACUCGUCGAAGCCACGAUCCUCAACACCCCUUCCAGUUUCAAUUCCCAAUCCACCCGGCUCGUGGUGCUGGUGAAGGAAGAACAUGAGAAAUUCUGGGACAUUGUGACGGAAGUGUUAAAGGGCAUGUUACCCGAGGAACAAUUUGAGAAGAGUAGUAAAGGACGGAUGGCCAUGUUUCGGGCGGCGUAUGGAACGGCUCUCUUCUACGAAGACCGCGCGGUAAUCAAAGGCCUGCAAGACAAAAUGUCCCAAUUCGCCGAACACUUCCCCCAAUGGUCCGAACACACCUCGGCCAUGCAUCAAUACGUCCUCUGGACGGCGCUGGAAGCCGAAGGUCUGGGCGCGAAUCUACAGCACUACAACCCCAUCGCGAACGAAAAGGUCGCCAAGGCGUUCAACAUUCAAGACGGGUGGGAGUUGAAGGCGCAGCUGGUGUUUGGUGAUCCUGCGGGGAGUGCGAGGAAUGAUUUGAAAGUGAGAGAUACGCAGCCGUUGGAGGAGAGGAUCAAGUUUGUUGGGUUCUAAGGUGCAUACUCGGCGAUGCCUUGUAAGGAUCUGGGAUAUAUAUGACAAUGCAUAAAGGCGAAGAAGAUAUACAGCGAGUUGGAAUGAAGCAUAGAAAAUCACGAAG